AUUUCAAUUCUGUAAUAUCAUUAGGCGAUCUUUCGACCCAUAAAAGUCAGCGGUGAAAACAAAAUUGAGUUAUCUUCGGCCUGAAAAAAAAUCGGAGAUACGCCAAUGUUAGGUGACUGGCUGAAUAAGUGACGUCCAAGAUGUAGAAAACCGACCCUAUAAAUAACUUUUUCUCUAAACUUUGCUCUUCGUGCAUCUUUGGGCUAAUUUAGUUUCAGUGUGUAUCUCGAGAAAAACUACGAAACCUUGUUCCUUGUUCGCGUGUUGUGAGUACUUUUUCAUUCUGAACGUGUUUAUUUUCUUCCUAAGGCUGUCUGUUGAAUUUCCAACAUGGGAAACACGAGCAGCUCGCGUUUCGACGAACAGACCGACGACGACGUUUGGUGGCCGAAUUCGGGUCAAGCGGACCCAAAUCCGGUCGAACCGGAGGCCGAUGCCAGCGAACCGAGCCAGCGAGAAUUCCGAGACGAAAUCGACUUCCAAUUGGAAAUGGAGAGGAUCAGAGAGAAACGAAAGAACAUCAUUGGCAAAAAAAGGAAGGAAAUGGAGGAUUUACGUGAAGAAGUGGCCAAGUUGAAGCAGGAAAAUGCGGAACUGAAGAAAAAUAACUUACCAGCAGUUGGAACGCUAGAUGAAGAAACCAAACUGUUGCGCAGACAAAACGCAGAUCUGAGAGACAUCUUGGAAGAAAAAUCUAGACUGCUUUGUGAAAGUGAAACCCUUUUAGAAAAGAAUCGAGAACUUAGGAUAAGUAUUGCAGAAAUGCAAGAACAGAUGCAGCACUUGAAUGCGGAAGUAGUCAAUUUCGAGCAAGAGAGAGAAGAUUAUCGAGCUCACGUAGUCGCCCUGAAGGAUGUCAUUUCGGUCUCGAAACACAUGCUGAAAAUACGUGAAUCCCAGCUCAAAGAACUCAAAGAAAAAGUUGACAGUAUCGAAAAAACUCUGUCGGACCGAGAGACACAAGUUUUAUCUCAAGAGCUGAGAAAUGAAUAUGAAAGACAGCUUGCCAACAUUAGAAAUCUCAGAACACUGUAUGAAGAAAGGCAGAGGAUGGAGAGAAGAGAAAAGGCAGACUUGAUGUCGACGAUGGAAGACGUGAAAAAAGAGCUGGAAGAAGAACAAAAGAAAAACGGAGAACUAGAUACUAGAAUCAUCGAGUUGGAAACAGAAAACUCAACCAAGUACGACACUAUAAAAACCCUGGAAUCCAACCUGGGCCUUUCGAAAGCAGAAUGCCGCCAAUUCAAAUCGGAACUGUCCGUUAUCAACCAGCUCUUCUCCGAAAUUCUGCUAGGCUUCAACAGCUCCCAGGUCAUCGAUCUAGACAAGCUGCAGAAGCACCUGGAAGAUCACCACGACCUGCUGCAAGACAUCGUGGUGAACGAAAUAUCCUCAGAGGUGUCUUACGCUUUGCCCAAAGUGCUUCUGGAUCUGCUGAACCAGGUCAGUGGCGAGAAAAGCAAGCCAAGACACCUAGAAACCAUCCAAGAAGAACAAGGUUUGCACCCAUUGGAGACCUUCAACGAAACCUAUAACCUUUUCUUUGUAGAUUCUGCUUCCUCGAUUCACCAACAGAUGAAUAGUGCAGAGGAAAUAGUAGAGAACCUUCCCAAGGUGUGGCGGGUUCUGAUUGAGCUGCUCAGCCACCAGACUGCCCCGACCAACACCCUAUCGAGCUCCGAGGACAAGGAAAAUCCCUGCUACAAAACUGUGGACACUCCUAAAGGCCCAAGUCCCGUUCUGAGUGUUAGCAGAACGUUCAUCAGACUGAAGGAUCUAAUUCUGGAGAAGAAGUCAUUGGAAAAAGAGACAAACCAUCUCAAGCAGCUGAAUGGCCAUUUGGAGAAUAGGUUGCAGGACCAAGAAAAGAGGCUAGAAUUGGUGCAUUCUGAGCUGUCAAAAACUUGGCUCGUGGUGGGUACCUUGCAGAAACAACAUCAGAUGCUCCACACCCAAGAAAAAAUCCUCCGGUAUGAACUGGCUCAGAAACGGAAGCUGCUGAACGAGCUCAAAGAAGAGCUAGAAGAAAGCAGAGAAAAAUGGGCUCAGGCCAGAGCGAAAAACUCCAAUACGGAACAGCAGUGGAGGCUGCUCAGAACAGAAUUCGCGUCGAGGAAAAACACAGUUCUGAGCGAGGAGUACAACAACAGCGGUGAGAGCGGCUACAGCGAUGACAGAGAAGGUCUCAGCAGCGACGAGGAACCGGGAUACGAGACUGAUAUCUCAGAAUGUGCUCAGAAACUGACGGAAGAAGAAAAAUCCGAUUUAGACAAGCUUCACGAGAAAAUUGAAGAUGGCGCUAGCUUCCUUGAAUCGAGCGAGGCGGAAGGCUCAGGAAUGCAAGCCAGUACAUCGAAAGAUUGUAAUCUGAAAUCACCAAAAGAGGGAAGUAUUCUUCUUGACAACCCAGCUGACGCCAAUGGAGGUGCAGAAAGUACUCAGGAAAUCACAGAAGAAAGUGAAAUUGACUGGCUGCGACCCACAACUUCCACUGAGGCCUCAGAAAUCACAAAUGAAACUUAUGGGAAGCCAUCCAAAGAUACUCAGAAAUCACUGGAGUUUUUAGAAUCCUCAAGUUUGCGUGAUAACAAUCAGGAGAACACGCCCAAGGAUGAUUCUAACUGUACUCAGAAAAUCACUGACGAAAACGAAGAAGCCAAUGAAGAAUCAACCAAGGAAAUAUCUAAUGAAGUUGCAGAAGUUAAAUCCGACCAAGCCAUAUCUCUGCAGGAAGAUGAGAGUGAUGAAUGUGCUCAGAAAAUUGCGAGUGAUUGUAUCGAUAGGUCAGUGUCAAAUCACGAGUCUGUGAGUUUCGAGAAAGAUGGAAGCAAUGAAUGUGCUCAGAAAAUCACGAGUGGUUGUAACGAUAGGUCAGUGUCAAAUCACGAGCCUGUAAGUUUCGAGGAAGAUAAAAGCAAUAAAUGUGAUCAGAAAAUCACGAGUGAUUGUAAGGAAAUGUCAGUUUUGAAUCAAGAGUCUGCAAGUUUCGAGAAAGAUGAAAGCAAUGCAUGUUCUCAGAAAAUCACGAGCGAUUGUAACGAUAGGUCAUUGAGAAAUCACGAGUGUAUAGGUUUAUUGCAGAAUGUUCAGUCUUGUAGUUCAAUAGACUUGAAGACUGAGGAAGUAGAAACUGAUGACAAGGUGAAACAGUCUAGUAUAGCUCCAGAAUAUGCCAAGGAAACACUUGAAGGUCCAUUCCUACAAACAGGCGAUAGCAAUGGAACUGCUCAGAAAAUCACGAGUGUAGAAAAAGAAAAAGCGAACUACGAGUCUGCGAUCUCAGAGAGAGAAAUGAGUGGUGUCAAAACCAAUGAGUCGAGUAUUGCUUCAGAAUGUAUUCAGGGGCCAUCUAACGGAACCCUUUCUCUUCGAAUACCCGGUGAAUGCUCUCAAGAAAUCUCAAGUACUAGGCGAGUUAAAAAUAACGAGUCUGUAGGUUUAAUGAAACAAAUAAAUAGUGUCGACCGAAAUUCUUGCAGUUCAGAAGACCCGAUGAGGACUGAUGAAACAGAAGAACCUACUGCAACAGUAGAAGCAGAUUCUGCCAGUGCAAUACAGGGUGGGCAAAAGUUGACUUUAGAAGAAGUUUUAGCUAGAAGAGACGAGAGGCUAAGGCGAAUGGAAGGUCAAGCUUCGCAGCUGGUUAGCAAAGUGGCAAGCACGGCUAUACGGAGUGUUGCAAUUUCGAAUAGGUUAGACGACCUACACGAAGUUUAUGGACAGAGUGUUGAAAGCAGUGGGGAAAAUAUUGAUAAUGAUGAUGAUAGUUUUCAAACAGAAAAUUCGCAGAAUAAUGAAGGAGUCGACUGAAACAUAGAAAAUAAAUGUUGACGUAAGCAGUAUUUGAAUUUGAAACUAUCUAUUUGGAAUAUUUUUGUACUUCAAUGGUAAUUUUUGUUUUAUUACAUAAAAAUAUAUCGAGAU